GAGAGAGAUCAACAAUAUUAGAUCGAAACUACUGACGAAUAAACAUAAAGAUAGAAAGACAGACGAACCUAGACGAGAAAACACAUACGGGAGUUUAGCAGCACAGCUGCUGUGGCUCUGAGUCAUGAACGAGCGCUCGAUCGCGCGCUGGCUGACACACAUCGGUCUGCCGCAGUACACGCGCGCGCUGGAGAAACACACCUACGGCCUCGAGGGUCUGCUGUUAGUGACAGACGACGAUCUUCGACUGAUGGGAGUUGAAGAUCCCGGUCACAGAACGAUCAUCACAGGUCAUCUCCAGCAGCAGAGGACACAGGCUGAGAGAGGUGAGCACACACAGAUGAUGACGGUCUGUCUGCAGCUCUUCAUGUCUGAUCUCUCUCUCUCUGUCUCAGAGAACAGCUCUGCAGCGAUGACUGGCACUAUGAGCCGUAAGAGCUCUCUGGCCUCGUCUCCUGACCAGCUCAAAACCAGCACAGACCUCUUCCGUCACAGCAUUGUGCCGCGGCUGCGUCGCCGUGACUACCACAGAGUCUCCGCCUCCUGCCUCCAGCUCCCAUCCCACUGUGACGAAGACCCCGCCCCCUCCACCAAACUCAAACUCAGCAGGAGGAAGAGUGUGACGGCCUUCUUCAGUCAGGUGUUCUCAGGCCUGAGGGACAUGGACUCUCUGAAGAAGGAGCUGGAGGAGGAACUCAAACUCAGCACUGAUGAUCUGAGGAGUCACGCCUGGUAUCAUGGACCGCUGCGGCGCGAGGGAGCAGAGCAGUUGUUCAGCAGAGACGGGGAGUUCCUGGUGCGUGACUCCAGCUCCAGCGCCGGAGAAUACGUCCUGAGCUGCAUGUGGAAAAAUCAGCCCAUGCACUUCAAAAUCAUCCGUGUGGUGCUGCGACCCAAACAGGGCUACACCCGGGAGCUGUUUCAGUUCGAGAACGAUCAGUUCGAUAAUAUUCCAGCGUUAAUUCGCUUUCACGUCGGCGGACGGCGUCCCAUCUCACAUUCCACAGGAGCUGUCAUCUUCCAGCCAAUCACACGCACUGUGCCUCUACGCAUCAUCAGCGAGCGCCAGGCUGUGAGGUCAUCAAGCUCCUCCCUCCUGACACGAGGUCAGAGCAAGAGGCGGAGCCUGAGCACCUCUCAGAGAGACACACUGCAAAUCAACAGCAACAACCUGCUCAGGAGCGGCAGUCAGCCUGCUAAUCUGGAGACAGUUGGGAGACCAUCACUACAGUCUGCUCAAUCUGACAGCAACCUCCGCACAGGGGUCCAACAGAGCUGUCCAUCACAGGAGUCCAGCCCCUCCCCCGUCUCCCCGGUGUUCCGCACAGGAAGUGAGCCUGUCCUAAGCCCAGCCACUUCCUGUGCGGCUCCACCCAGCCAGUCAAGUCUCGGUGGCUGUCCUCUGCGUGGUUCUGAUGGACAGCUGCAUUCACGAGCACCUCCCAAACCGCUGCGGAUCUCCAUCGUCUUCACCCCGACUCAGCCUGAUUCUGAGUCUGACUCCACCGGUCUCUAUGGUGAGCUGGUGCCACAGGUCCCCAUCACCAUGUUACCCAAAGGUCACGCGGCGCGUCUCCGCGCUCAGGAGCGAUGGACCAGUCGCGCGCGCAUCACUGAGACCAGCUUUGGCUUCCUGGAGGCAGAGAAGCUGGAGGAGGAACGCAGGGUGAGCAAGAGCAUCCAGGAGGAGGAGCGCAGGGUGAGCAAGAGCAUCCAGGAGGAGGAGCGCAGGGUGAGCAAGAGCAUCCAGGAGGAGGAGCGUGAUUGGCAUUUCGAGUGGCCGCAGACUGAGACCACAUCAUGUUUCCGUCUGGAUGAGUUCUGCUCGCUCAUGCUGCCGGACAACAACCGUCCGCUGGAUCAGAGCGUCCUGCUGAAGGUCAAAGAGCUGCUGACGCGCACCGACGCCAGGACCACCGCGCUGCACAUGCUCAGCGUCAACUGCCAGGUGGCUCGAGUCACAGGGGUGACGGUGGAGCAGAAGAAGAUCAUGGGAGUGGAGACGGGUCUGGAGCUGAUUACGCUUCCACACGGAGGCCAGCUCAGACAGGACCUGCUGGAAAGGCAUCACACUCUGGCUCUGGGUGUGGCGGUGGAUCUUCUGGGCUGUACUGGGACAGUGGGUCAGCGGGCGACAGUGCUGCACAGGAUCAUCCAGCUUGCACAGGAGCUGCGCAGCACCACACAUGACCUGUACGCCUUCUCUGCCGUCAUGAAAGCACUGGAGCUGCCGCAGGUGGUGAGGUUGGAGAUGACGUGGAGAGCGCUGAGACGCAAUCACACCGACAGCGCUGUGACAUUCGAGAAGAGUCUCAAACCCUUCAUGAAGUCCCUGAAUGAAGGCGAGGGUGAGGGUAAUGAUAUCGUGGUGUCGGGGCCGCUGUCACUGCCGCACAUGGUGCCUCUGCUGAAGCUGAUGGAGGGCGAGGACAGCGUGGAGUCCACAGACAGAGGCUGCCAGCUGCUCUACAACCUGCUGCAGUCCGCACGCAACGCUGCGCUACACGCUAACGACUGCACACAACACGCUCUCAGCCUGCUCUCCGCCGGAUGGGAGCCAAUCCCAGAGCUGCUGGAGAUGUUUCAGACAGAGUUCGCCCUUCGGCUCUUCUGGGGACAAAUGGGCUCCAAGGCCGACCGCAAGGAGCGCUACGCCAAAUUCGACAGGAUCCUCACGGUCCUCUCCAACAAACUGGAACCUGACGGGAGCUCUGAGGUUUGACCUCUUCAGCGUCCUCUGCUGGUGGCUGAUGAUAUGGCCAUCUGAACGACCCCACAUCUGAGUUUAAUAUUCCUGUCAUUUAUUGUGUACUCAGAUUACAAUAACUGAUCAAAAAGACCAGAAAGACUCUCCAGGCUACAGCACAAUCAAAUUCUAAAGGACUUUCAGACACGAUGCUGCUGUAAAGAUGAAGUGUGUCGAUUCUCUGACACUAGUGACCCAGCCGUGUUUUAUAAAAUAGUUAUUGACUCUUCCGUGACACACUUCACCUUCAGUUUGUUUACAGUGAUGAUGAUGAUGAUGAUGAUGAUGACGUUUAAAGCUGUGAUUGUUCACACUUGAGUAAUAUGCCAAAUCUUUUUGGAUAACUUCAGAGGCAUGUUUUUCCUCAACUGAAACUUUUUGUGACCGUUUAUAUGGAAAGAAUAUAUUUAGUUUUUUUUAUGGAUUAAAAUGUAAAUUAAUAUAUCAAA